AUGAAUACUUUGGAUUCUCCGCUCGAAGCCCUGGCCUUCAACUACCUGAGCUUUGGGUUGUUCACAGUCGUUAACAAUAUUUGGACGUGGGUUGCCGUUAUAACUGCCGCCCUUAGUUUCUGGCGGAUCCGAUCUUCAGGCUUAUUGAAAUCUGACCUACUUGACCGGAACCUAGAUGGCGCGUCACCGGCGGCGGUGUUUUCAUCGCCAUCGUCAUCACCAGCUGAAAACAUAGCUGAGCCUGCUUCUAGCACUUCAGCAUCAGCUUCAGAUUUCCCGGCGAUGUCAAAGAUAACGUCGUUUUGUAGGGUGGAGGGAGAUGGACUGACAAAAGGGAAGUAUACGGUGUACUACAAUGAAGAUGAUGAUGAAUUUACAAGUAAUGAGGAGGAGGUUGAUAACCGUGACGGUGAGGGUGUUGAGGUGGUAGCUAAAGAGUGGUGUGACGGCUGGGAUAGAGUUUUGAGAAUGAGAAAUGGAGACAUGGGUUGGUACAGAUAUCAGGACUUGACGGUGCUGGACGGUAACGUUGUUAGGUUAUGGGAUGGUUGUACUCGUAGCCUGUAG